AUGGAAGAUACGGAAAAUAAUACCGCGAUUCAAGAGGACAUAGGAAGCGACGAUUAUGAAUUUCAUUAUAAUUUUAUAACAAUGCCAUGGGAUGAAAGAACCCGUACUAGUAAAUUAAGUAUCGUUGCAUUACUGACAGCAAUUUUCAUAGCAAUAUUAGGCAUUGUCUUCAACAAUUUUAUAAUACACUACAGAGGUUUUAAUGCGCAGUUAUUAAAUGCUGAUACAAAAAUAGAUUGUAACUUAGUCAAAGUCGACAUGUACCAAUAUGUGGCUCGAAUUCAUUCAGUAGUUAAUCUGGAAUUAAUAUGUGUAGGGGCUGUGCUUUCAAAAUCUUCGGUCUUAGCGCAUGAAUUAUGUCUUAAGUCGGGCUCUGUUCGUCUACAUUUGGGAAGUCCGAUAGACCCACAGUGUAAAAAAGGGUUUCCAGUUGAUGUCUUUGAAGCUAUUCCUCAUGAAGGUGUCGUGACAAAGGCUUUAGUCCUAUUAUCAAGUUACGAAGAUAUGUCAAAAUGUGGCAGCAUAAUAAGUAUAGCAGAACAAAUUAACGCCAAAUCUAAAGCUUACAUAAUAGGAAGACCCUUUCGUGGUGGUCGGUCAUUGUCAUUUCAAAUUGCAACAAUUGCUCAAAAAUCAGAUAAUGUAUCAAUAGAAUGGCGAAACAAUUUAAAAAGAAAUAAUGUGAUUUGCGUAAAGGAUUUAAAAAAGUGUCCAGUGAGAGCUGGGGAUUUAUUGGUACAAGGUGGACAUUUGAUAGGGCUGGCUUCUACAAGUUCUAAGGAUGGAGGAGCCACUACUAUUGCAUGCUUUGCUAAUUUGAGCCUUGUACAUGGCGAGAUAAAAUUGUUGGACUUAAAAGUUGAUUAA